CCUUCUAAAAUACAAGCUGAAUACUACGCCGAACGCCGUCAGACAUCAGUUACGGUUUCAUGGACAGAGCCUUCUAGCACUGGAAACGUGGUAGGAAGGAGUCUGAUCUGUUCCGGUAACAUGACGAACGGAGGGUCUUUCAGGGGCUCAAUAGACGGUCAAAAUUACUAUUGUACGCACACAAUAACAGACUCGUACGGACGGAAGGAUUCAUGUUAUUUUGGUUUCAAAGUUUUCUAUUGUGCUUGUACUGAGCCCUCGUCGUCGGCAACUCGUCGCAAACGUGAAUGCACACACAAUAUGUUGUAUGGUAGCGAAUGCACGUUUGAAUGCAUAGAUGGCUACCGAAUUCCAAUUGGAGCACCUGUCAAAGCCACAUGCGAAAAGGGGGAGAGUAAUUUAAUGAACUGGACCACAUUACCGGAAUGUGAACAAAAAAGUUGUCCCGCACCUUUCGCACCCGCUAACGGAUAUGUUUCUUGUAGAAGUCAAACUUACGAGUUUGACACCGAAUGCUAUGUUUCAUGCAAUAAAGGUUACCGACUGGAAGGCUCAUCCGUCAUAAUCUGUCAAUCGGACGAAAAAUGGUCGAACACGACGAAAGCUGCUAGAUGCAUAGACGAUGAACCGCCGGUAAUCACGUGUACAAAUCACGUGGUUUACGCUGUCAGAGGCACAUCAUACGCGCCAUUGGAUUGGACGGACCCUUUAGUUACUGACAACGUUGAUCACAGUCUGAAAGCUGUUAAGCUUUCGGGAUUUAAUAAAGGAGAUGUGGUUAAGGAGGGUAUUUACAUCAUCCAAUAUCGAGUGACCGACACCGCUGGAAAUUACCAUCCGCUAUUGUCAGAAUGCCGCGUAACCGUUGAAGUAAAACUUGUGAGUUGUCCGCCCUUGUUACCCCCUACUAACGGCGCCAUGACCUACGACAGCAUCAAUUCCAGGCCACUUUACGUUAUGCUGUGUCAGUCUGGGUUUGACAUUCCAGUCGUGGGUCGUUCCUUUACUGGUAGACUAAGCUGCCAGGACAGUGGAAAAUGGUAUCCUUUGGAUAAGUUCCCAGACUGCAAACGUCCGACGUGGGGCGAUAUGGUCCUUCUUGCAGAGCUUAUCUAUAAGGGAAACUGCGCAGAUGAAAAAAUCAAAGCUGACAUCAAGGAAGCCGUCUUAAAAUACCUCAGCACAAUUGCAGAUGAUAUAGAAAGAUCCAUUUGUCCUGGUCGUAAUUGUAAAUUUUAAUAAAGACUCAAGCCGAAACGUCAAUUAAAAUGUAAUAAGAUGAUUUAUUAUUACUAUAUUUUCCUUAUAAUCAUUACACUAAGAUAACCCGGAUUUUUAAAUGUAUUCCGUUUUGUGUGUCUGUGUACAUUCAAACUGUGCAUUUAAAUUGUCAUAGAAUUUUUGUCUUUAUCGAAACUUAGUUUAAACCACACUAUUUUAUGGUAUUCCUAUCGACGUUUACAUUUAUGCAUGAUAAACACACAAUCCGAAAUACGUUUUGCAUUCGUUCGAUGCUUUAUUUUAAACAAAUAGUUUAAUGUUAAAAACCACCACGUCCGACAUGACAUACAUUCCAGAUAAUCUAACUAAAACUAUUGUGUUUCGUCACAGAAAUGACGUCACACGAUUUACUACAUUUACUAUUUACGAAAUAAUACAUUUCGUAAUAAAAAAUCAAAGCGCUGAAGGUAUUUAAAAAUGAAUAAAAUGAAUAUCUUAAGCAAACGUAUGCUCAUUGAUGAUGUUUCCAUUAAAAUACAAUGAAGUUUGUAAAUACAGAAAAGGGCUUUGUGUUAUUCAAUGUGUUUUGGAUAAAAGUGGGGAUGUCCGACAAACUGCAGUUGUUUGCUCUUUUUACCUUUUUAAUAUUAUAGUCACGGGAAAUGAAGUUCUACUUUUUAAGGUAGCUAAUCGAGCAGCCACGAAAGAAUAAAAAUUUCUGCGAGCAUUAUAGUUACCAUCAACUAAUGCACAGAAAGAAUCGGCUUUCAAUUUGAUUUGUUCUCCCCACUCAUUCCAUCCCGCGAAUCCCUUAUUCUCCUAAGCAAGGUAAUCAUGCUAUUAUACAGCAUUGCAGUUUACCUUUAUAUUUUUUUAAAAGGUCAGAUAGCUUAAUUGUAGAGCAACCCAGGCCGGUAUCAUUAGAUGGCUCAUGUGUGGUUUCGGGUUCGAAUCUCGAUCUGACCUUCGUAGGUAAACUUUAAUAUUUUGAUUCAAAUAUUAUCUUUAUUAAAGUUUUUUGCUAGUUUCUUCUAUUUAACAUAAAUCGAGCUCGCUUUGAGGCUUUGCCUUAUUUCAUAUUAAUAAACAAUGUCCCAGAAUGAGCAAGUUGGCAUUGAUGGGAAAUGACAUCGUCAAGUUUAAAAGACAUUACAUAUUGUCAAAACCUUAUGAAUUACUUUAAAAUAAGGUGUCAAUUUAGGUUUUUAUUUUUAAUCAAAUAUGUUACUGACAUGCGUUUCGCGUAAAUUUUUUUACGACCAUUUAUUUUGCUGUUUUUAUCGCGAAUUUGUAUGACGUUGGACUACCUGUCAUAUAAAAGUUGUGAGAAAUGCAAAAAGGGUUGCGAGUCACUAAACAUUAUAGCAAUCAAUGCCUAUUUUCGCCGGUGUGAGUUCACUUGAUUCAUUUUUUAUUUGUUACUUGAUGUUAAAUGUCCAACGAAUUAUUUUAGUAGCAUACUUAAAUAUUUCCAUUUUUUUACAAUUUCCAUUUUAAAGUCUAGAUUUCCCAGCAUUCAAAUAAUCACUAAAAUUUCAAUUCAUUUAUUCUCUUACAGUAUGUAUCAAUAAGUUUGAUGUAGCUUAUAGGCCUAUCUCUCUUUGAGCGUUUGAUUGACAUGCAUGUUACACUUGCUUUUGUUUUGCGUAUGUCUUUUGUUUGCCUUAAUAUAUUUUUUCCGCUUUUUGUUGUGUUACUAUUUCAAUAGCUGCAGUGUUCAGCUCAAGUAACUCAUUUAUGUGGUACUUCAUAGUGUGUGCCCAUGGGUGUGUGCGCGUUAAUACUGAUUUAUGAAAUAUCAUGUAGUGUAUGUGUUAAGGAGAACAUUUUAUUUUAUUUUUUUAUGUGAUUUUAUUAAUUAGCCUGUGGAUAUCGCGUAUCGGUGUAUUAAACCUUUGUCUUCAAAUAAAAAAAUAUUCGUAAUAAAUCAAAGAACACA